UGAACUAGUUAUAAACUCAAUUCAAAAAUUUCUUUAGGCCGAGAGUUGUGAGUACAAAGCAUCAACUAGAGCGUCUUGCUUCGCUAAUGGAGGAGAAUACCGACCUCGCAAGAGGAAUAUGUCAUAAAGCUGUCGCGAAACCACGUUGGGAAAAAAUUACUCAGGAGCUGAACUCAUUAGGACCACCAACACGAUCAUCAGAUGCAUGGCAACGAGUUUGGAACGAUUUAAAAUAUAAAACAAAGAAAAAGAGCGCUCACAACCACGCAGAGAAUUUAGCAACUGGAGGUGGGCCAAAUAACACAGUUCCACUCUCAAAUCUGGAAGAGACGGUGAACAGGCUAAUGAGCUACACCACUUACAACAAUCCGCCAGGCGAAGAAUUUGAAAUACAAAAUAAUGACGAUAAUGAGUCCGUUACGGAAGUGGAAAUAUAUUCAGACCACGAUAUCCCAGGGCCUUCGCGAAAUGUGAUACCUUCGCGAGAGCAUGGCCGAAAUAGCAGCUCUAACCCUAAAAGGAGAGAAGAAAAACAAAUUGCACUCCUUGAGCGGCAGACAGAUCAGCAGGCUGAAUUUCAAAAGGAGACUUUGGCCACACUAAAAGAGAUGAAACAAAGCCUUUCAAAUAUUGAAGAAAUGGAAAGUAAGAGAAGAGAUAGGAAAGCAAAGUUAGAACUCAAGAAAAAACUUCUUGAGAUCAAGCAGAAUAUGUACAAAAAUGGUUAG